UGGAGAGACACGGAUGGGCCUCGUCGUUCUGACGGGAGGGGGGCGGAUGGGCCUCUUUGUUAACGGCUCCUUCGGGGCUCCUCCGGCAUCGCUCGAGCUGCACAAAGGCGCGGAUAGGAACUCGGGCUGCACGGUAUGGGCAUUCCUUCUAUUUCAAUCGUGUCGCAUGAGCUGAUCAAACUGUUGUAUUGUGCCAAGUGUUCCAACGUAACCGCUGUUUGUAUCGGCACUUCUGGUGGAAUAGGUCUGGAGCCAGGCUCAGUGGUUAUAACCCGGCAGUGUGGAGGAAACCCCUUCAAACCUCAAUUUGAAAAGGUUGUUCUGGGAAAGACCGUACUUCGCAGUACAAACCUGGAUGAACAGCUGGCUAAGGAACUGAUGCAGUGCGGGAAAGAAAUCGGUCGAUUCGAUACAGUCAUUGGAAACACGAGGUGCACUUUGGAUUGCAGUGGAGCCAGGUCUGGAGCACCUUCAAAAGAGACAGCCCUGCUUGCCAGGCAGAGACCGUAUCCCCAUCCCGGGACAGCUGCUGGGACGUCUCAUCUUUUACUGCUUUUGCAAGAGCUGGGAGAUCAGAGGGGGGGCUUUGGAUGCUCUUCAUUACCUCUUCAGAUUGUUCCAGCAGCCAAACUGUCAGAGGAGCUGGGGUGGGCUGCCUCCCUCCACACACACAGACCUUUCCUCGUGUGCCUGCUUCUCUCGCUGAGUAUUGCAAGGGAGUUCUCUGGUGCUUCUGGAAGUCAUGCAUGAAAGUCUGCCAGAUACCAGACCUCCUUGGCCCCACACACCCCCAAGUCCUUCUCCUCAAGGCUGCUCUCCAUCACAUCGUCCCCCAUCGUGUACUGAAAACAGGGAUUGCCCCGACCCGGGUUUAGGACCUUGCCCUUGGCCUUGUUGAAUGUCAUGAGGUUCUCGUAGCCCCACUUCUCCAGCCUGUCCAGGUCCCUCUGGAUGACAUCCCGUCCUUCCGGUGUGGCAACUGCACCACUCAGCUUGGUGUCCUCACCAAGGGAAAGAGCAAAGCUGAUGCACUUGCAGCAGCGCUGGCUGUUGUCCUUCAACAUUUGGACUUUAUCCUCAGCUGAGUGACUGCUCCCAGGGAGUGGUGUUUGACAGCCUGGAGACCCUCUUUGCAGGCAACAUGGUGUCUGCUCUCCUCUGCCUGCUUAAAGCUGUCAGAAAGCAACCUCAUAUCUAUUUUGUGAACCUGUCCCGGGAUUAUGCUUCUUGGAAAGCCGGGGAGGCAGCGGUGAAAGAUGAGAAAGGUGAGGCUCUUCGUCACCUUGCCUCUCAACUAUUCUUUCUCAAGCCCUCAAGCUUUCCCAUGUGUAUUUCUGUUUCCAGCAGAGCUUGCAGGAAAUGUUUUUAUUAAUUCUUCAACCUUCCACAUCAGUGCAGGCAGCACUCAGCUGGUGACUGCUUGCAGCUGUAAGGCUGACCUUACUCUCUAGCGUUAGAGCUCGGGCAAGCAAUUGUGGCUCAUUAAUUAGCCACCAGGCAGCUGUCCACAGCAUUGGUGCAGGUGAGCCAGGCAAGGACAGGAGCUCGCUGACUGGGGGAAGUUUGGGGGAUGAUUUGAAUUUGGAGCAGGGCUGUGAGCUCCCCACUGUCUCCUGGUAGGAUGAUGGGCUGGGCUUAAUAACUCCGCUUAAUAACAACAUACGACAAGUUCAACGUGAGAGGAAAAAGAGGUCUGUAAGCCUUGCAGGGGUAAAUCCCCAAGACAGUAUCCGUGAAGGGUUUCCCUGCUCCGGAGACCUUGGUUGAGCUCAGAGAGGUUACAGAGCAAAGGCCGCAAGUGUCUAGGACAAGUGGCACAAGGACGGCUGGGUCCACCUCCAUGGUUCCCAGCAGAGGAAGGAUGAGAACCUCUUCCCUCUGUUUUAGUGGCAAGCCCUCUGAUGUAGACCCUGGCUGCAGGGAGCUGGGCUCUGUGCUGGCCUUGCCACUGCGCUGCGGAGAGUUUCUAAGUUAGUGGAUUGUCAUCUGCAGCCCCUUCUUCACCAAACCAGAUGGAUUGUCGGUAGGCGUGAUGUGCAGCGGUGCUGGCUUGGUGUGAGGGAGGUUCAGAGGCCCCCUCUAUGCUACUCCAUGUGCCUCUCUGGACGGACAGCAAGACGGUGGUCCUGCACAACCCUACCCCGCUGCCCAUGGCCUGGCGGAUCCGUGGGCUGGAAGGCCUUGGGGAGGGCUUCUCAGUGUCGCAGGAUGCAGGCAUCAUUGGUCCCUGCUCAGAGUUUGGCAUGCGUUUGUGUUUCGAGGCCACAAAGGUUGACAGCAUUAAGAAGACAUUCCAAAUAGAGGUUUCAGAUGCAGAAAAACUCCUGGGCAUCGUUCAGGUUGAAAGUUGUCCAAGUCUUUGCGGAGGCCUAUGACAUUGGUCUGGACAUCAACGUUUCUGCAGGCCGUGAAGCCAGGCUGCCCCUCCACAUCAAAGUGGAGGGCAUAGGGCCCCCACUCUGCUUCAGCUUCGAGCAGCUGGACAUUGGGAAUGUUUUUGCUGGAUCAGCCCACAGCUAUGAGGUGAUCCUGUUUAACAAAGGAGCCAUCGAUGCUCCCUUCAGCUCGAUACCUCCAAGUACAGCUCUGGGCUCCUGCUUCACCUUUCUCCCCUGGAAGGGCAUUAUUUCAUCAGAUGGGCUCCAGGUCAUCAAGACCUCCUUCAGUUCCACCAUCCUGGGGACAUUCACAGAAGAAUUCAGGUUCAGGGUGAAUGGAUCCUCUGAGCCUGUGCCUUUGGCUAUCAGGGGCUGUGUCAUUGGACCAGCUUUUCCUUUUGAUGUACCUUCUCUCCACUUUGGUGACGUCUCGUUUGCUCUGCUGGAAGGCUUCGACAUCUGGGAGAGCACCAGCUUCAUAGAGGAGCACAUUGACCGGCAGGUGUCCCCCAUCGAGAGCUUGCGCCUGAUGUGCCUCCUCUCCAUCACGGAGAACGGUCUCAUCCCCAAAGAUUACCGGUCCCUGAAAACCCAAUACCUGCAGAGCUAUGGGCCUGAGCACUUGUUGACCUUCCACAAGCUCAAGCGCAUCGGGCUGCUGACCGAGCAGUCGGCCGCAGAGACGCUGACCGCUGUGGAGAGCAGAGCCAGCAAGCUGGUGACAGACCGUGCUGCCGCUGAGAGCCAGCCCUCUGCCCCUUGGGGAGCUGGGAGCACAGCCCUGCCCUGCUGGGAGCUGCUGCUCCAGAGCCGGAUGGAAGCACGCAGCAAAAGUGGACACUGCGGGCACAGAGCUACGAGCAGGGCAGAGCUUUGGCCCAUAGGAGCAGCAGGGCUGGCAGGGCUGCUGCUGGUUCUCUUCUGGAGCCCGGAACUCUGGUUCAAGUUCAUCUUCCUGACCACGGCCAUCACCAACAGCGCCCGGAUGAUGGAGGCCAUGAUCGAGGCCAAGGCCUGA